AUGUCAACAUUCAAUGAACCUGUGGUGCCUGAGGCAUCGGAUUCGACGAAAGACAAGUGUCUCUGUCUUACCAUUUGCGGCUACCGAAAGCCAGGCAUGAGCGAGGAAGACUACCGCAACCAUAUGGUAAAUGUUUCCGCUCCCAUGACCAAAGCACUCAUGGUGAAAUAUGGCGUGAAAAGAUGGACCCAAGUGAGUGGCUUCCUAAUCCCCGUCUUGCUGCUACAAUGUCCCUAUGGAUCUAAUACGGAAACCCAGAUUCACAACCAAAGCGCCACUCGCGCCAUGAUGGGUCAGCUGUAUGAUAGACAGAUGGCGAAUAUCGCAGAUUUUGACUGUUUCAGUCAAGUGUUCUUCAAAAGCCUCGAAGAUUAUAAGCGCAUGAAAGAGGAUCCGUGGUAUAAGGAGCACCUAGUUGGCGAUCACGAGAAAUUUGCAGACACAAAAAGGAGCAUGUAA